UAGUGAGGACCCUGUUAGAAUGCUAACCAGAUGUUGUUAUCAGUUACUGCACUUCAAAUAGUUUUGCUAACUAGUAGUGUGGAAUUUACAGCAUGCAAUGAGGUCUGCAUGAGUUAUGAAUGCCCUUUGAACGUCAUGUUAUUUGUUUUUAUUGUAGAUUAUAGGAUAAGCUAAUUUCUCAUACUUAUAAUAAACUUAAUUAAAGCCAACACCAUGUCAUUGGGAGGCAUGAAAAAGCAGCUAAAUAAAGCGUCUCAGUACAUGUCUGAGAAGAUGGGUGAGACGGAGAAAACAAAAAUGGAUGAAGAGUUUAUUGAAAUGGAAAGAAAAGUGGAUGCCACUCAAAAGGCUGUAACUGAUCUGAUUAAUCACACAAGGGAGUACCUGCAACCAAACCCAGCUGUUCGCGCAAAAAUGAACAUGAUGAAUAAGCUACAGGGUAAAGACAUGAAAUAUCGUCAAGUAGAAGGUGUCCUAGGAGAAGUAAUGGUGAAACACGGCACUGAUCUUGGGCAUGAAUCAAAUUUUGGGGAGGCAUUGAAAGAGGUGGGUGAGGGUAUGAUUCAGCUCUCUGAAAUAAAAGAUUCUUUGGACGUCAGUGUAAAGCAAGACUUCAUUGAUCCUUUCUAUCAAUCUUUUGAUAAAGACAUGAAAGAAGUCCUGCACCACCGAAAAAAAUUGUCAGGGAGAAGACUUGAUUACGAUUAUAAAAGGAAAAAAGGCAGUAAAAUAUCUCCGGAAGAAAUCCAAUUAGCAGAGGCAAAAUGUCAAGAGGCAUUAGAUCUAGCUGAUUCUUUCAUGUGGAACAUGUUAAGUUCAGAUGUUGAACAAGUACGACAGCUGGCGGCACUUGUGGAAGCUCAACUUGAAUAUCAUCGACAGUCUGCCGAUAUUUUGGAAUCGGUCAACGAUAAAUUAAACAAACAAAUUGAAGAAAUUAAUUCAAAACCGGAAAAAGAGCGGACAAAGAGACAGUUACGAACCAGUAGCAUUGCACCUGCUGAUAGAACUCCCACACAUACAACACCAGCUAUUCCUCAAGCAAGUCCUAGGCACACAGCUCCACCACCUAAAGCUACCCAGCCAAGUUGCAAGGCUAUUUUCGACUUUGAACCUGAAAAUGAAGGAGAGCUGGCCUUUAAGGAAGGAGAAAUACUUACGCUUGUUGCUGAAAUAGAUGAUAAUUGGUUUGAAGGAAUGAGUCAGAAUGGAGAUACCGGAUACUUUCCAAAAACUUAUGUUGAAGUGGUUGUUCCUUUGUAAAAGAUGGGAGUGGGAAGCCUGAGAAAGAGCUGUUGGUGGAAACUUAGGGAAUUGCAGAAGUACAAGCAUAGCAUUAAAACAGAUGCAAACUCUUUUUGUUUGUUCCCACCAUGAGAUUGUCUGAUGUAUCCAUUUAAUACUAUUUAUGUAUCAUUCAUGUACUCUUCUUGUUACGACAGCUUGUGGCACAAAAACAUAUACUUGAGCUUCCAUCUUUUCACACAGCAUUUACAUUUACUCCCACUGACAUCACACAGCGUUCAUAUUUUACUUAUAAAUCCCAAUUUUGACAAGUGUAAAACGGUGAUUUUCUAGCUGAAUGUAGAAACUACAACUUUAGCAUUAGACAACAAACACAUUAUGGAUGUGUGUGUAUGCACUUUACUUGUAAUUCAAAACUGUAUAUAAAUAAAUCAUUUACUGUUUAAGAAUAA